AUGCUAUCAAAGGUGCUAAGGAAAGCUGAGUCAACCGACACUUUUCUCAAAGAGGUGAAGGAUGAAAUGAAAAAUAUGAGGGAUAGCAUAAGCAACAUGGGGCAACUUGUAAGCUCUCACUCAAUUUUGAUUAAGCAUUUAGGAUCCCAACUUAGCCAAAUCUGGGCUUCCCUAAACCAAAAGCAAAAAGGUACACUCUCUAACGACACGAUUGUAGACUCUAGGAAUGACGGUGAACAUGCUUGCAAGGAAAUUACUACUAGGAGUGGUAAGGUACUUGGGGAAGAGAAAUUGGUAUAUGAAGAAGAGGUAGUUGAUGAUGAGACACCUAUUGUGGAGCCUAUUGUUGUUGAAAAAGUUAAUGUUCCUAAGAAGAACCGGGCGAACAUUGAAACACCCAUUGUUAUUGAAGAGAUACCAAGAAAAGACAAGGCCCCCGAAGUAGUAGCACCCAUUCCUAAACCUCUGCCGCCAUUUCCUCAAAGAUUGGAAAAGAAAGUGGAUGAUGGUAAAUUUAUCAAGUUUAUUGAAAAAUUGAAGAAACUCUCAAUUAAUAUCCCAUUGGUAGAAACACUUGAGCAAAUGCCAGGUUAUGCGAAAUUCAUAAAAGAUCUUGUGACCAAGAGGAGGCAAGCUAGUUUUGAAACGGUUGAUGUUACGCAUCAUUGUAGCUCUAUAGUAACAAAAGCCUUGGUUCAAAAGAAAGAAGACCCCAGAGCUUUUAUUAGUCCUUGA